AUGCUUCCACGCACCAAGUACAACCGCUUCAGGAAUGACUCGGUGACAUCGGUCGAUGACCUUCUCCACAAUCUGUCGGUGAGCGGCAGCGGCGGCAAGGUCUCGGCGGCGGCGCCCGCGGCGACCCCCUACCAGGUGUCAGGCGAGGCGCUGCGCAAGGCGCCGGACGAUGGGCCCGGCAGCCUGGGCCACCUGCUCCACAAGGUGUCCCACCUGAAACUCUCCAGCUCCGGCCUGCGCGGCCUGUCGUCCGCUGCCCGGGAGCGGGCGGGCGCGCGGCUUUCGGGCAGCUGCAGCGCGCCCAGCCUGGCGGCCCCGGACGGUGGCAGCGCGACCCCCGGGGCUCGCGCCCAGGCCGCCAGCAUGAGCGCCACCAGGAAGAGCCGGGCCGGCGACGAGCCGCUGCCCAGGCCCCCGAGGGGCGCUCCUCACGCCAGCGACCAGGUGUUGGGGCCGGGAGUCACCUAUGUGGUCAAGUACUUGGGAUGCAUUGAAGUUCUGCGCUCAAUGAGGUCUCUGGACUUCAGUACAAGAACUCAGAUUACCAGGGAAGCCAUCAGUCGUGUCUGCGAAGCUGUGCCAGGUGCCAAAGGAGCCUUCAAGAAGAGAAAGCCUCCGAAUAAAAUGCUGUCCAACAUUCUGGGGAAGAGCAACCUCCAGUUCGCAGGGAUGAGCAUCUCCCUGACCAUCUCCACCGCCAGCCUGAAUCUGCGCACUCCCGACUCCAAACAGAUCAUAGCGAACCAUCACAUGCAGUCCAUCUCCUUCGCCUCGGGGGGAGACCCGGACACAACAGACUAUGUUGCCUAUGUCGCUAAGGACCCUGUUAAUCGCAGAGCUUGCCACAUUCUAGAAUGCUGUGAUGGGCUAGCCCAAGAUGUCAUUGGCUCCAUCGGACAAGCCUUUGAGCUCCGAUUCAAACAGUAUUUGCAGUGUCCUUCCAAGAUUCCUGCUCUGCAGGACCGGAUGCAGAGUCUAGAUGAGCCGUGGACUGAAGAGGAGGGAGAUGCUCCUGAUCACCCAUACUAUAACAGCGUUCCCAGCAAGAUGCCCCCUCCAGGGGGAUUUCUUGAUGCUCGAUUGAAAGCCAGACCCCACGCUCCUGACGCAGCCCAGUUUGCAGGGAAAGAGCAAACUUACUACCAGGGAAGACACUUAGGAGAUGUCUUUGGUGAGGACUGGCAGCGAGCACCCACCAGGCAGGGUUCCUUGGACAUCUACAGCACACCGGAAGGGAAAGGGCACAUGGCUUUGGUAGGAGAGACACCAACCUAUGUCAACACCCAGCCAGUCCCUCUACAGGUUUGGCCAGCAGCAAGCAGCAGCACCGAGAGCAGCCCACGGAAGGACCUCUUUGACAUGAAGCCUUUUGAAGAUGCUCUCAAGAACCAGCACCUGGGGCCCAUGUUGAGCAAAGCAGCGUCUGUGGAGUGCAUUAGCCCUGUUUCACCCAGAGCCCCAGAUGCCAAGAUGCUGGAGGAGCUUGAUGCUGAACCCUGGUACCAAGGAGAGAUGAGCAGGAAGGAGGCAGAGGCACUGUUGCAGGAAGAUGGAGACUUCCUAGUCAGAAAGAGUACUACCAAUCCUGGUUCCUUUGUCCUCACGGGCAUGCACAAUGGCCAGGCCAAGCACCUGCUGCUGGUGGACCCGGAAGGCACGAUCCGGACAAAGGACAGGGUCUUUGACAGCAUCAGUCACCUCAUCCACUACCAUCUGGAGAGCAGCCUGCCCAUCAUCUCUGCGGGGAGUGAGCUUUGCCUCCAGCAACCUGUGGAGAGGAAGCACUGA